CAGAUCUGCUUCGCCCAGUUUUCAGAAAAGAAGUGCAGCAUAUUAGAGAGGGACAAUACCAGAGUGAAGUCAACAUGCUCCUCAGCAGAGGCACUUUAUUACUUUUGGUGGUUGCAGUAGGAUCUGUAUCUGGUGGUGGACCUGCAGGAGCAGCAUAUCCUCAAAUGAAGUACAUGAAUCCAAUGGUUAAAGGACCGUUAGGCCCACCUUUUAGAGAGGGGAAAGGUCAAUAUUUAGACAUGCCUCCAGUUGUGCCAAUGCAUCUUAAAGGAGAACCUGGACCUGCUGGCAAUCCUGGUCCCAGAGGGCCACCAGGACCACCUGGACAACCUGGAAAACCAGGCAUAGGAAAACCUGGAUUACAAGGGCAGCCAGGCCCUAUUGGUCCACCUGGAUUUAAUGGUAUAGGCAAACCAGGCUUACCAGGAAUGCCUGGCAAAGGAGGACCCAAGGGAUUUCCUGGGGCCAAAGGGGAACCUGGAAUGAGGGGUGACCAAGGGGCUCGUGGAAUGCCUGGUCCUCCAGGUAUUCCUGGACCCUCAGGCCUUUCAUCCAAUGGAAAACCAGGUGUGCAAGGUGCACCAGGACAACCAGGUCUAAGGGGUGAGCCUGGACCUAAGGGUGAACCAGGAUUCAGAGGAGAAAAAGGUGUGAAAGGAGAUGCUGGUAUUGGAAAACCAGGGCUUCCUGGAACCCGAGGACAAGGAGGGCCACCUGGCCCAAUGGGACCACCUGGGCCUAAUGGUAUUGGGAAGGCAGGCCUUAAUGGACUACCUGGAGGACCAGGAGAUAAAGGAGAUGUAGGUCCACCAGGGGUACCAGGAGUUGUAGGUCUCCCAGGCCCGCAGGGCCCCCCAGGAAAACCAGGUUUAGAUGGGAUUGGUAAACCAGGUUUAGAUGGAUUACCAGGUCCACAGGGCCCACUAGGUUCAAAAGGGGAGCCAGGUGUAAGAGGCUUACCAGGGGUUCCUGGGCCACCGGGGUAUGGAAAACCAGGUCUUCCAGGUUUAAAAGGUGAUCGUGGUCUCCCUGGAAUUCAAGGUGGAAUAGGAGACAUAGGAGAGCCAGGUUUAGAUGGGAAACCUGGUGAUCAGGGGCCACAGGGUGUUAUUGGACCUCCAGGACUUCCUGGGUCAAUGGGAUUACCAGGGAAAACAGGUCUGCCAGGCUUAAAAGGAGAUAUAGGACUAAGUGGGCCUCCUGGUUUACCAGGAAUUCCAGGGAAACAGGGUCCAAAUGGGUUUGCAGGAAAGCCAGGGUUUCCAGGUGAGAGGGGACUUCCAGGUCCUUAUGGUUUGCAAGGACCAACUGGACCCAAAGGUGAGCCAGGGUUAAUAGGACUCCCAGGGUUGCCUGGGCAAGCAGGGAUCAUUGGGUCAAAAGGGGAAGGUGGGAUGCCAGGGCAACCAGGCCCACGUGGUCCAGCAGGAAUUCCAGGAUUACAAGGGUCAUCUGGUCCUAUUGGACCCCAGGGUCUACCAGGAUUGAAAGGGGAGCCUGGUGUUCCAGGAGCUCCUGGCAAUGGUAUAAUUGGAGAACCUGGACUUACAGGGCCUAUUGGACCUCCAGGUGUUCCAGGCCUCCCUGGUUUAAAUGGUCAACAAGGUCCACCAGGUCCACCUGGCCCACCAGGACCACCAGGUCUCUACAGUGAGGGUGGCAUUGCUGGUCUCCAUUUGCCAGAUGGGGGAGUGGAAGGUGCCACAGUCUUGGGAAAUGAGAAACCUGGAAAACCACAGUAUGGAACUGGAGAACUAUCUGCCAAAAUUGCUCCAGCAUUUACUGCCAUCCUCACCACACCAUUCCCACCUUCUGGUAUGCCUAUUAAAUUUGACAGGACUUUAUAUAAUGGCCACAAUGGCUAUAAUCCAUUAACUGGGAUAUUCACUUGUUCGGUACCAGGUGUCUACUACUUUGCUUAUCAUGUCCACAUCAAAGGCACCAACAUCUGGGUUGCCUUAUACAAGAACAAUGUACCUGCUACCUAUACUUACGAUGAGUACAAAAAAGGAUACAUGGACCAAGCUUCUGGAAGUGCAGUACUAGAACUUAAAGAAAAUGACCAAGUUUGGGUUCAGAUGCCAUCAGACCAAGCAAAUGGAUUAUAUUCAACAGAAUAUAUUCACUCUUCUUUCUCUGGCUUCCUCCUUUGUCCUACAUAAUGACACAAAAUACAUUAUCCACCUUUAGUCAUAAACUCUCUUAAAAAUAACAUGCAAAACAAAUUUAAAAAAAUCUAUAUAUGCUUCUAUAUCUACUGGGGAAGAAAAGCACAGAGAAAACAGGAAUAUAUUUUUUCCUGUUGAGAAAAUGUUGUGAAGAAGGAAAAAUACAUUCCCAGGAACUUUUUUUCUCAACACGGUUUUGCAGAAUGUCACAUUAUUACCUAGUGGCAAAUGAAACAACAGUGCAAGCUGGUGGCAAAAUGACUGUGUCAUUAAACUUAAAAUGUUUCAGUUUGUUCCUAACCUGAUUCUUCAAGUGUUCCUCGGUUUGUUUUUUGUGUUUUUUUUUUUUUUUUUUUUUUUUAGUAAUUUAUCUGUAUCUGCCAUGUUGCUACUUUUAGUAUUUUAGUUUAAAAACACUGCACCUACACUAUGUGUAACGAGGAUGUUGUAAGUUUAAAAUGGUUUCUAAUUUGACAUAUGCUUAUCAGAAAAAAGGCAUAGGAUUUUAUUUUACUUUUUUGUGACUUCUUUUUCUUCAUUUAAGAGUUUAUUCAAUUUACAGUGCGAGUUAUGUUGAGUUAAAAACUGAUUUACAAAAUGAAGGUCAAAAUUAUAUUUUAACUCCUUAUCUCAUGACAACCCACUGUUUUUCUAUAAACCUUUUAGUCUCCCUAGUAAGUUCAAGGAAAUAAUAUUCGGUAAAGCGUGUUAAUUUGGAUAAUACAGAAAAAAAAUUAUACAGCUUGAAAAGGAACCUGAAGCCAGUCAAGUCUUCCUUUUUUUGGGGUGUUGUGGUUUUUAGAAAAAAAUAUAUCAAAGGGACACUUCAGGCACCUGAGUAUCGAGAUUUUUUUGCCAUCUUUCAUAUAUACAUAGUUGCUAACUGUCCCAAUAGAGAGGUAUUGAAUCGAGUCCCACCUUGUGGCAUCGGCCCAACACUUCUACUAUUAAAUUGGACCUUAGAUAGAAAGGUGUCACUGCUUUGAUUUAGCCACCCAGUUAAGCUGUCGUCCCUUUAUUAUAGAAUCCAACAUUUUCAUGGGCAGGUCAAGACCUCAUUGUCAUCCACUUUCUGGCCUGCCCACUACUAGACCCAGGCCAAAAAGACCCAAAGUUGGCAAGUAUGUUAAAUAUAUGGCAUUUGUAAAACAUUAAACAAAUACAGCUGUACAUUACCAGGAAACAUAUUCUGUGCUGGCAGUUAUUGAAAACUUAUAACGCUGGCGUUGUAUUGAGAGAUAUACAGCAGCAUCAGGUCCAUUAAUUAAUAAUGGAAAGAGCAAAAUGGUGCAAUCUGUAAUCAAAAUAGUUUUUUUUUCAUAAAUGGAAUUACCUUCAGCCAGGUAACCAGGUCCAUCGAUGUCUGCAACGGUUUCAACAGAUAACUGACCAGCAGGAAUUUAGAGUAUAUGAAUAUCCUGAAACCAUUUAUUGGCUUUGGCUAAUGCCAUUGCAGAAGGAGCAGUUCGU